CUGGUAAUUGUUCCAUUUGUUGGUUAGGUUACUACCGAAUUCAACGAGGAUGUGAUAUAAAGAAUUUCUUGAAAUGAUGAUGAGUUCAACUGUAUCUAAAGAAAAUUAAUUCAGUAAAUAAUAGUAUUAAUGACAAUAUGAUUGUGUGUUAUUGCCAACAGAAAAUCAUCUCCUUCUCAAUAUGUGUCACAAGAGCCAAAUAAUCCCAGGCAUUGUCUUCAGAGACAAGGACAUGUCAGGUUUUACCUCCAACCGUAUACCUCCAAACGCUGCUCUACCAUCUCGAACUGCGACGCCAGUCUUCAGCGCAAACCCUCGGCCAGUAGGCCAGAGCCUAGGUUUUAAUGGCUUUAUUCCAUUACAAAACAGUUAUGUACCUCUACAGAACGGUUUCCUGCAGCCAAAUCCAGUCAUGGCUCCACCCAGUAUGCAUUUUGUACCAAUGAGCCAUCAGAAUAUUCAACCUAUCACGCAGAACAUUGAGGCACGUCCGCACAUUCCUGGACAGACAAAUUUUGUACCAGAGGUUAUGUUGCCUAAUGGCAUGAAAAUGUGUCCUGUUGGUCUUCUGAAUGGAGAACUGUUGUACAAAGUUACAACCGCAAACUUUACAGCUCCUCUUCCACCCACCAUCUCCAAGCCAAAGAAGAAACCUAAAAAAGUAGACGACCAAUACACGGAGCAAACAUAUGUCAAGAAGCCUCUAAAUGCUUUCAUGUUGUUCUCAAAAGAGCAUAGGCAAGCAGUUAAGGACAGAUCUGCCUCAACGAAUAUUGCUGUUAUAAAUGAGACUUUAGGAAAGAUGUGGCAUUUGCUACCAGAGGAGGAGAAAGCUAAAUUCUACGAGCUGGCUGAAAAAGAAAAGCGGCUUCACUCCCAGCAGCAUCCAGACUGGUCCUGCCGUCACAACUACGGCAAAAAAAGGUAUAAUAAAAGAAUUCGGGACUUAACAACUGGCAGUGUGCAGGCAACAUCAACAUCCGAACUUCAGGACGAAGAACCAGGACAGGAAGACAGUGACGAUGAAGAAAGCCCCGCUUCUUUGUCAGUGGAUUCAACAACUGAACAGUUCUCUUUGGAACAAAAAACUCCACCAUGAAUGCAAGAUUGAUGCAGCCUGUGCCUCUCCCCAACCCACCUAUUUUUUUUAUUCUUGUAAAGUGUUUGCUUUUGCUGUUUAAUCAUAGCCUUUUGUUUGAUGUAUAGUGGGACUCAACAGUCACACAUUGUAGAAAAACAAAGUUUUAUUUUUGUAUGAGAAAAGAAUUGCUCCAAUAGUAUGAUUUUUUUU